UGGAAUGGCUCGAGAUCUUAUUUUACUGAGCAUUUUGAUACUAAGCGGGGUGCACACUAUAAACACCAAGUUCUUGUCGGAUUUUUCACAAUGUGGAAAAAGGGAGUCUACAUUGAAGGCAGUUUCGAUGCUUUUCCGGUAUGGAGAUCGGGCACCUGCAGUCCCAUAUCCAUUGGAUCCUUACCGUGACUAUCCUUGGCCCGGUGGAUAUGAAGCCUUAUCACAGAGAGGAGCUGAACAACUACAUACCUCUGGAUUGAUAAAAUCCGUACGGUAUUCAUCCCUUCUUUCAACAAAUUGUGGCUCAGAGAUUAAGAUCUUCAUAAAAUUUUAG